AUGCACCAGAAACGAAGAGUCGUAUGGAAAUACAACUGCAGUGCCCAGUACUACUUCUUCUCGUUGGCUGGCACUGAGCUCUUCAUCCUCACCACCAUGGCUUUUGACUGCUAUGCUGUCAUCUACCGACCACUCCACUACCCACUGCUACUCGGCCCCCAAUCAUGUGGUAUUCUGGCUGGGGUCUCCUGGUCUGUGGGAUUCCUCUGCCCCACGUUCCUCUCAUUCCUUCUUGUACAAAUCUCCUUCUGUAUUCCCAACCAGAUCAACCACUUCUGUGAUGCUGAUCAGAUUUUCUGCCUUUCCUGCACAGACACAUAUGCCAUCCCAGUAGUGGGCUGUGCUUGUAGCACUGUCAUUAUCUUAGGAGCCCUGGUCUUUACCAUGGCUUCCUAUGCCCAAAUCCUGGCCACAAUUCUAGCCAUGGCUUCCACUGCUGCCCAACACAAGGCCUUUUCCACAUUCAAAGCUGACCUUUCUGUGGUGACUAUCUACUUUGGCACUCUCAUCUUCAUACAUGUCCGCCCAGCAAUAAAAUAUGAAUCAAACAUCAAAAAGAUUGUGGCUAUCUUCUACUUAGUCAUCUCUCCACUUUUCAAUCCUCUCAUCUAUAUAUUCCACAACAAGGAUGUGAAAGAAGCUCUGAAGUUCUUAGUGUCCUAG